AUGUCCAUCAUCGAACGCUCCGCCCCGAUCAACCUCCAGUACCGCAUCUGUGUUGUUACUUCGGCCUCGAGCCCGCUAGGAGUUGUGAUAAGCAAGACACUGUUGAAAGCGAAUGCCUUCGUGCUGGGCGUCGAUACACAGCCGAUCGAUCCCUCGCUGAAUGCAGGUCUGGGGACCCACUUCCAAUUCGAGCAGCGUGACGUGCAAGAUGUCCAAACACCAAAGCAGUUGAUUGAGGCUGUGAAAGAGAAGUUUGGGUUGGAGAACAUCGAUGCCUUAGUCAACACUGUAGGGAAGCAGUCUGAAGUUAUAGGCCUAGGUGAGCUGAGUAGAGCUAUUGGGCAAGUUAUGGCGGAACAAAGAAAGGGAACAAUCGUCAAUGUGCCAGGUGAUGUUGAAGGCAAAGACGAGGAACAGCACAGGCGUGUUCUUGACUUGACGCAAGAUGUUGCACGCGAGCUGGGUAGCGGAGACAUCCGAUGCAACGCAGUUGUUCUACAAGCUCCCACGAACGCCGGACAGCAUCAAUCUGCCAAGGCGUACGAAGAAGCAAAGACGCACAUGAAGACGUUGAUGAACACUGAAAAAGUGAAAGAUGCGCCUGGCUCCACGAGAGCGGCGCCAAUGAUGUAUGAUGUUGGGAACGUCACUUUGUUUCUGGCUGGGGACAUGAGUUCGAACAUUCGCAGCUCAGCUGUGCUUACCGAUGGCUCAUAUACCGAACUAAUGUAA